CUUUGAAGUGUGCCAAACACUCUUUCCUUCGCUGUUUUCCCUGUCUCCACCUCAUAAAUUAUCUCCUCAUGAAAAUGCACAGGGCAAAAUCUGCAGGGAGAGGAGGCACACGUGGAAAAGAUUGCUUGAAUCAAAUCACAACCGUGCUGCUAUCAAAAAGAGUUUAUAACCAUUACAAUUGCAGCCUUAACCAUGUUUUCCAUGCAACAGUAUCUUUCCCAGAUGGUACAAUAGAAGAAAAAGUAACUUGGCAACUUUAUCUGGUAUGCUUUCUAUGAUGAUGAUGAAGAUGAAUUAUUAUUUGUAAGGCACAUUUCAAAUAGUUAAGCAUUCCACAUACCAGUGUUGUAUAUUAAAGAGUACACCAACCCAUCUGUACUCUAUUAUUAUUAUUAUUAUUAUUAUUAUUAUUAAUGCGCCACCCAUCUGAUUGGGUUGCACCAGUAAAACAUCAGCCAUUUAAAACUUCACUGAGCAGGGCUGCCUUCAGAUGUAUUCUAAAAGUCAAAUGCAGUGGUACCUUGGUUCUCAAACGUAAUCUGUUCCAGAAGUCCAUUUGACUUCCAAAAUAUCCUAAAACCAAGGGGCAGCUUCUGAUUGGCACAGGUGCUCCAGAAACAAUAGCUGACAGCCACAUCAGAUGUUCGGCUUCCGAAAAAUGUUUGAAAACCGGAACACUUACUUCUGGGUUUUCAACAUUCAGGAGCCAAUUUGUUCAUCAACAAAGCCAUUUGAGAACCAAGGUUCCACUGUAGUUGUUUAUAUGUUUGAUAUCCAAUGGGAUGACAUUCCACACGGUGGGUGCCACUACCAAGAAGGUCUGGUUUCCUGUAGCUUCACAUCUUGCAGUGAACGAACCACCAGAAAGCCCUCAGAGCUGGACCUCAGAUGGGGUAGUGGUGCUGAGGCUGUAAGACCAGUGUUAAAGAACUGAAUCUGUGUUUAGUGUGAAAUUCCUAGCUCAUAUUCUUAGGCUGAAAUCCUAUAUACACCAGGAGCAGCCAGGUAUUGUUGGACUACAACUCCCAUUAGCCCCAGCCAGCAUAGUCAUUUGUCAGGGAUGAUGUGAGAUGUAGUCCUACAGUAUCUGGUGAGCACCCCAUUGGUCACGCGUGCUGCACACACUUACUUGGGACUUACUUCUGAGGAAGCAUAGCAUUAUGCCAGGCUUCCUCAACCUUGGCACUCCAGAUGUUUUGAGACUACAAUUCCCAUCAUCCCUGACCACUGGUCCUGCUAGCUAGGGUUCAUGGGAGUUGUAGGCCAAAAACAUCUUGAAGGCCGAGGUUGAGGAAGCCUGCAUUAUACUGUUAAACUACAUUCUUAGCCCUUAUCAGUUAGUUAUGUGAGGCUUUCCUGCAUGGAAAGCAAUGCAUCUCCAAUCUGAUCAGAUUUAUUACCAGUAAUAAAGGACAAUUAAAACUUUUUAUUUUUCAGGUAGAGGAUAGCCCUCCCCCGCCAAACACCAGCACCAUUGGAAAAAUAAUCAGCCACAAAGGGAGAAAAUGAGGCAUAAUCUGUAUUACAUUGCAGACAGAAAUAGAGAACACAAAUCUGAAUUUUCAAGUGAUACUAUUCAUACAGUAACAAAUAUAAUAAUUGUGACCAUUAAUGAGUGUACCAACCCAACCUUCAUUUAUGCUUCGGUUUAAAGAAUAAUUUAUCCUUUAAUCAAUGAAAGGUUUUCAUUUUAAUUAAAAUUAGCUAACGC